AUGGAAAAGAAAUUAAAAAAAAAUGAUAACGAAAAUGAUUACAAACAUAUAAUAUUACAAAUAGGUAGAAAAUAUACUUAUGUUGGCUUUUCCGGUUUGCAUAAGCCUUUAUUAGUUAUAAAUACACCUGGUUUUUUUAUUUACGAUGAAAGAUUUCAUGAUUAUGUUGAAAAUAAAGAUGAACUUUAUGAACUAAUAGAUAUUUUUUCAGAAACACAAAAAAUAGAGAAUGGAGAAAAUACUGAAGAGAACGUUUUGCUGUUGAAAGAUAAAAAAGAAAAGAAAAAAUUAAAACAGAAAAAUGAAAUUAAUGAUGAUAACGAAGAUGAAAAAAAAAAAAUUAAAAAAGAACCUAAAAAAAAAGAAAAAUUAAUUUAUCAUUAUGAAUAUAAGUAUAACCAAGAUAUUAAUUUAUGGAAUACAUUUUUUGAAGAAUUUCUUUUUAGAAUAUUUCAUAAUUUGACUAAAACAAGUACAAGAGCAAAAAAAGUUAUAUUAGUUUUGAAUAUGUUCAUUCCAACAGUAAUUAAAUAUUCUCUAUGUAAAAGUUUAAUAGAAAAUUCAGAAAAUUCUUCUAUUUCUUAUAUUAAUGAUUUAGUAUCCCCUUUAUAUUUAUGUAAUUGCAAUACUUGUAUAGUUAUUGAUUUAGGUUAUUUAAAUUGUCGCCUAUUACCAGUAGUGAAUGGAUUACCUUUGUAUCACAAUUAUACUUAUAUAAAUAAUGGUGGUUUUUAUAUAAAUAGAGAAAUUAAAAGAUUAUUAAAAGAACAAUAUAUAAAAAGGGAUAUUUCUAAAAAUGAAAAUUUACAUACAAAUGUUUAUAAUAAUAUUAGUAAUAAAAGUGAUAGUAAUAACAAUACGUUCAAUUAUAAUAAUCUAAAAAGCAAUAGUAAAGAUACAAAAGAAAAAAAUAGUGACGAAUCAGUUAAUUUUUUGAAUUAUUAUUGGAACUUAUACACUCAAGAAGAAAUUAUAAAUAUUAUUGAUAGUAUGUCGGAUAAUGAUAUAGAGAAUAUAAAAAUAAAAUAUUUUUAUUUGAAAAACGAUAAAAAUAAUUUUAGUAGUGAUAAGUAUAUUUUAUAUCAAUUUAAAAAUUAUGAAAUAAUAAUUGAACCCGAAACUAGAUGGAAAGCUUGCGAAAUAUUAUUCAAUAAAAAUUAUGAUCAAAAUUUAUAUUCUUUAUUUUCUAAUAUAUUAGAAAAAUUAAAUAUUAUGGAAAUUUCUGUUUUUUAUAAUAUAUUAUUAGUAGGUGGAUGUAGUAAUAUAAAAGGAAUAAUUUCAAAAGUUGCUGAGGUUCUUUUUCAAGUAUUAAAAGAAAAAAUGAAAUUUACGAAAAACUUUGAAGAUAAAGUAAACUUUCUUUUUCCUAAAAUUUCUCCUAAUUUACGACAAUUUAUUGGAGCAUCAAUUUAUUCUAAUUUAGAAAACUUACCCGAAUAUACCGAAGAGCAUAUUAACAAUAAUGUUUUGUACGAACAUCUCAAUGAAGAUGUUUAUAUAACCUUUAAACAAUAA